AUGAACGGCGUGAGAGAGAGAAAGACGGCGGAAAACGGAGAAGAGGACACGAAACCCAACGAGCUCCGCCGGCCGCUCAGGCUCCCCUUACUGGACCAGGAUCAGGCAGGACACAUCUCGGAGAGGAACAGCAGCAAGGAGAGCAGCAUAGCCGUGGUGCUGCCACAGAAACCCAGCAAGCAGAGACAAAGAGCUGAGCUCAUCACUCCCAUAGAAGAAAGGGUGGACGUCAUUAAGGUCUACCUCGAACCUCGGUCAGAGACGAAGCAGAGUGUCAGGAUGCUGACGGACGAAGUGUCACAGAUCCAGGAGGUGCGGUACUGCCUGAAGACUCUGAGAGAGCAGAUGGCUGCCAGGCAAAACAAUAAUUUCAACAAGGUUCCAGCAAACGGCUUCAGUGUCACCGUGCCCAGCAACCAACCACCUGUCACCACUACCACCAACACCAACAACAACAAUAAUGUCACCCCUGACUUGCAGCUCGAGGACAAUCAGGAGGACAGCGCCAAGCUCAGAGAGGUGACCAGGCGCCUCUACGCGCAGCUGAAGGAGAUGGAGGAGCAGCAUCAGGAGGAACGGGCCAGACUGGAGGCCGAGUCCAACGAGUACCGCAUUCGCCUGGCUGAGCAGUCAGAGCGUCUGCAGGCGGUGGAGCUGCAGUCGGAGGAAAAAGGCCAGCAGGUGGAGGAGCUGCAGAGACUGCUGGAGAGCAUGAGGCUCGAGAGCGGCCUCCUCAAAGACAAGGUGGAGGCGGGGGAGGCGGAGCUGCUGCGACUUAAAGAAGACCGGGAGGAAGGAGCCGAGAAGGAACAAAAGUGCACGGAGCUCAACCAUCAGGUGGCUGUGCUGAAGGAGAAGAUCUAUCACCUUGAUGACAUGCUGAAGAGUCAGCAGAGGAAGCUCCGUCACAUGAUUGAACAGCUGCAGUACUCACGGACGAUACUCCAAGACAGGGAUCGGGUCAUCAUGGAUCUGGAGGAGAAGGUCGCUUUCCUGGAAGCUGAGAACAAGGAACUGCACGACCACAUGGAGCACUUCCUGGCAGGACGGGACCCUCCUCCCCUGUCCACAGAAAACAAGCCAGAAAUUGUUUAUAGCAAACCUUUGAUUCCAGCAUCCCCGACCCCGACCGACAAAGUCCUGCCUUUCAUCAAAGUCAUCGAGACCAGAUCCUGAGCAAUAUCUAAAAAUAUUAUCCAAAACAAAUGUGUAAAUUUUUUUUUUAACUAAUUCACUCUUCUAUAUAUAUUUAUAUGGUAGAUCUGCAGUGAUGGGAAACACCAGUUUAACCGACCUCAUUUUUAAGUUAUCACCUCACAGUUGUUAACACUGUGGUUAUUUUACACUCAGGAUCAUUGUUGCAUGUCAAAAAAAAUAAAAAGUAUAAAAAAAAUAGUGCAACAUGAUUGAUUACUCGAAAGCAAUUAAAUGAAAUGUGCUGAUUUCUUGGAUGUUACACACAGGCACAAGCCUGUGUGGUUUGUACUCUGACAGAGAAGCCUUCAGGAUACAGUGGCAAGAGUUCAGAGCUUCAUGCCGUCUCUUGUGCUGAAUAAUAAGCAGUUUUUUUAGGUAAGCUUUUAGAAAACUAAUCUGAGUUACAUCAAAAAAGAUCAUAGGGUUCUGAGUGUGUUAGCACCUUUUUAUAUACCAGUUAAAAUUUCCUUAGGGAUCAUGGUAAGAUUCCUCAAUGCUUGGCGCAUACUUUAUUAGGAUGUCGCUAACAUUAGUGGCUCAUAUGUGUAGAAAAAGAAACAUUUAAUGUAUUGAAACUCUUAACUUAUGGUGUAUUUAUACUCCAGUCAUGCUCCAAACUGUUUCCUUCUCCAAUCUGCAGAGAAUUGCUCCAACAUGGUCUGUGUCCAGGUUUAACUGCUGCGAAAAAUGUAUUUAAUAAUGCUUAUUUAACUUUUGUAUUGUUUGCAUCUUCCAACUUCUUAUUGUUAAUACUUUGUUGUUUUUCUGUAAACACUGUAGAUAGAUACCCAAAUGUUAAGCAUUUUUGCUGUAGAUUUUAUCCACUCUAAUUUAAACCCAAAAUAAAAGAAACAGGAUAAUC